AUGUCUUCUCUAUUUCAUAAUACUUCCAUUUUCUGCAAUCCCACGAGAACCCAUGGUUGCAAGCUUCAUGUUCUUACAAUGGUUUCAUUGCCUUCCAAAGCUCAUGGAACCAUAACAUCACCAGGCUGCUCUGAUGAAAGAACAGCCAGAAUUCGGGUUGUGAAUUUCCUGGACAAAAUCAAAGCAAUACCCUUUAAAGACACGAAUGGAAUUCUCAGCUUGAUGGAGAAAGAUGCGAGCAAUUGGACCUUAUCAGCUUUCAAUGGUCUGUUAAUGGCAUUGCUUACAGCAGACGAGGCUGAUCGAGCCGUGGAACUGUUCUCCAAUGCAUCAGGUUUGGGUUUAUCACCGAAUGGUUGGACAUUUUCCAUCAUCAUUAGAUGCUUGUGUAAGAGAAACGACCUUGAUGAAGCUCAACGAGUUUUACACCACAUGAUGGAAAAUGGGUACAAUCCAAAUGUGAUAACAUUUACAAUUCUCAUUGAUUCAUUGUGCAAAAGAGGCAAAUUGGGGUAUGCUUUUCGAGUUCUUGAACUAAUGGGUGGAAUUGGGUGCAAACCAAAUGUUCAAACAUACAAUUGCUUGUUAAAGGGAUUAUGUUAUAUUGGGAAAGUCGAACAAGCUCAUGAAAUGUUGAUGAACAUGGAGAAAGAAUCAAUAAAACCUGAUAUUUAUUCAUUUACAGCUAUUAUGGAUGGUUUUUGUAAAGUGGGUAGAUCAGAUGAGGCAAUGGAAUUGCUUAACCAAGCUUUGGUUAUGGGGUUAGAACCAAAUGUGGUCAUUUUCAACACUCUUUUCACUGGUUAUAACAAGGAAGGAAGGCCACAACAUGGGUUUAAAGUGUUAAAGCUUAUGAAGGACAAAAAUUGCAGCCCUGAUAGUAUUAGUUACAGCACCUUAAUGAGUGGGUUGCUGAAAUGGGGAAAAACAAGAGCUGCAUUAAAAGUGUAUAAAGAAAUGAUGGGUAUUGGCUUUGAAGUUGAAGGAAAGAUGCUGAGCAGUUUGCUUAGAGGUUUAUGCAUGAAAUCAUGGGAAGAAAAAGACUUGGUUCAAGAUGCAUACCAAGUGUUCGAUAAAAUGCGGAAGAAGGAUUCUAUCAUUGAUCAUAGUAGCUAUGGGUUUAUGAUUCGAACACUUUGUAUGGUGAGGAAAAUGGAGGAGGCUGUUUACCAUUUGAAGGAAAUGAUUGGAAUGGGGUACAUUCCUAGGACGAUAACCUUUAACAAUGUGAUUCAAGGGCUUUGUAUUGAAGGAAAGAUCCAUGAGGCAUUGGUGGUGUUGGUUACUAUGUAUGAAAAUGGUAAAAUCCCAAGUAGAACAUCGUAUGACAUGUUGGUUAAAGAGUUUAAUCGACAGGGGUUGUUGUUGGGUGCUUGUAAUGUUUAUGGUGCUGCUUUGAAGCAAGGUGUAGUCCCACAUAGGAUCCCACUAAGACUAAAUAGCCAUAGUUAUUGA